AUGGCUUCCAGCGAAGGGGAGAAGUCCCCCAAGAAAGUCUGGACCACACUGAUCACAAACACCAAAUAUUUAUCUGGCCUGCUCACGUUAGACUACUCAUUGAGAAAAGCUGGAUCGAAAUAUCCACUGGUCGCUCUGUACACGGAUACUUUCCCCUCAGAAGGACUACAGGCGCUGAACGCCCGCAAUAUCAUCGCAAAGGAAAUCCCUUAUUUAUUGCCGUCUGUCCCCAAGGAAUACACCAAUGAUCCCCGGUUUUACGACUGCUGGAGCAAACUCACUCCAUUUAGUCUGACGGAGUAUGAGCGAGUCGUGCAGUUGGACAGUGACAUGAUGGUGCUGAAGAACAUGGACGAGCUCAUGGACCUGGAACUGGACGCACCCGAGUUGAAUGGAGAUGGAGAUAGGGUAUAUGCGGCCAGUCCUGCAUGUGCCUGCAACCCCUUAAACAAACCACAUUAUCCCAAGGACUGGACGCCCGAGAACUGCGCAUUGACGAGCCAGCAUGGCGAUGCGGACAACGCCCAGAUUAAUGGGCCUUCUUCUACCACGGGGAUAGCGUUACCAAACGGGGGAUUGGUUGCCUGCAACCCAAGCAAAGGAACUUACGAUAAGAUCCUUGAGACAAUGAAGGACGGUGGUUUGACGUCUACCUACGAAUUUGCCGACCAAAGUUUAUUGGGAGAACGGUUUCAUGGACGCUGGGUCGGGCUGCCGUAUAUUUACAAUGCUCUGAAGACCCUUCGAUGGAAGGGAGUCCACGAUGCCAUCUGGCGAGACGACCAAGUCAAGAAUAUGCAUUAUAUCUUGAGUCCCAAGCCUUGGGACGAGAAGUAUGAGGAUAUCAAGGAUGAAACUCACAAAUGGUGGCACGACAUGAACAACGAAAGAUUGAAGCAGGAGUCAGCAAAAGGACUUGAAGACAGAUUUUGA